UUGAAAUGGUGGAUGAUGGCUACUUGAAAACUGUUUCACUCUCAGCUGUUUACCCACUCGAGUGUCGUUUUGGCAUCUUUCCUUGCCAAGCCACUCGAUGUGUUCUCUAUGGCUUGGAAUACUUGACUUUCGUUUUGAACAAAGUUGCCAUUGAUGCUGUUAGCGAGCACCUUGUUGGUAAAUGUCUGAUCGCAUCCAUCGUCAAACGGAAGCCGCAAUUGACUGUUGUUUUUUCCGUACCUCCUGUCAUCAACUUGAACGAGUUUAUCCUACUUCAAGUAGCGAAGAGUGUGCGGAUGAUUCCACUCACGGAUAAUGAACCAAACGUGCCAGAAGAUCCUUUGAUUGAAGACCCCUGCAUUGCGUAUCGCACCAAGGCAUCAGUGAUGGACGGCUUGAUUUUCAUUGCGGGAUUCAAGUGUUCCCAACGCCCACCUGCCUCAGAAGUCACCGUCGACGGGAUUUACUUAGGAUACAACGCCAAGGAAGGAUGGUCUCGUAUGCGUCUUGACAGCAGCGUUGUUCGUCGUCGAAAAGUUCAAGUCAGGAUGAUCGACUAUGGAAAUACCGUUGACACUGUUUGGGAAAAGGGUUUGUGGGAUCUAAAGGACAUGUCUCCCGAAUUAGCCACUAUUCCUGUUCACCAAUCUGUCGUUCUACCUCUCAGCUGCUUGUGUGCCCGCGUUAUAAGUUUGAACAAAAUUGAUGUGCAGUCAACUCCAGCAACUGUGCAGUCGUUUGCUCGCCGCCACCUUUAUCCUUAUUGAUGCCUCUCUUUAUAUUUUGUUGGACAAGUGGCUUGGUAUUUGAAAUUCGUUGUGUACGUUCCUUUCCUCGUUUCCCUUUCUGUUCAAACUUGAAAUAUUUUUGGAAAAAAUUG